AUGGCAUUAAUUUACUCUCUUCCAACGGAAAUACUCCUUCAAAUAUUUACUGACGAGGCAAUCACAAAUGCCGACCUCACCCGCUGCGCAUCGACCUGCAAGCUAUUCAAUGGCAUCACAUCGCAAUGCAAGAUCAAUUACAUAUUCGAAGUAGACAGCCCGUCACAUUCCGCUUGGAAACUCAUCCAACAUCUUUUGCUAUACCCCAAAACCGGUGAACGAUUUCAAAGUAUCACCGUCACAUGGCAUCGACGAGUACCUCGCCACCCCAAAACCUGGGCCCUUAAAUGGAACUGGAAAAAGGGAGAAGAGGAAGAACUUGACUGUCUCUGCAAGGAAUGGGAUUUAUGGGAUAUGUCGGGAGAUAUAUGUGCUGGUUGGAACUCAGAGGCAUUGAUUCCUCUCUUGUUAUGUUUCACGACGAAGCUUGAGUCUUUAGACUACGAUGGAACAGUUCUACCAAUAAUGCACCCGAGCCCUACUGCUCACGAAGGGAUACGGAUACAUGAGUACUGCGAGGGCCAGGGCUAUUGGUGGCAACCGAAAGGCGAUCAUGAUAACGGCUUCGAUUGGUUUGAUGAAUGCUGGGGUACUAGAGACAAAGGUGUCUCGUGGUUUUAUUCAGUCCUUAAUCGGAAAACUCCACUACCAGGCCUAUCUCAUCUUAGGAAAUUCACCCACGGAGGUUGUAUAGAUGAUGAUCACUGGCCGGGCGAAUAUCUUUCACAAAUCAUGUUACUUCCUCGGCUCGAAGAAGUGGUUGUCGUUUCCAAACCUGCAAAAAUUGGCCAUUUCUACUCUGACACACCUAAGCUUAAGUUCCCUCCUGGCAAGACAUCUUCAAUUAGCAGACUCGAGCUCAUCGACUGUACUUUCUUUGAAGGGGAAGUUGAAGCUCUUGCUAAGUUUACGGGCAGCCUGACGAGUCUCAACCAUACUCUGUGUGGGUUUCGGAGGAAGGAAAUCGUAGAUUGGUUCCUGCAAGCGAACAGUUCUCUGACACAGGAUCGAAUAACUAGUAUUUUUACCCCCCGCCCAGAGUAUGAGAAGGAUCUUGGGCCGGUUGAUAAAGACAAGUACUAUAAAUUUAGGCAGGACUACUCAGAUACCGAUGCUUACAAUGAGUCUGUUGGCUCGUCGUCAUCGGAAGAGGAGUGGUAG